UCUAAUUCUCCUCUGUGUCUAGCCCAUAAAAGUAUUUAAUAUUUAUUAAAUGAAUGAUAUACCACUGUGCUGCAAUAUUAUGAAAUCAGCUUAAGUAAAUAACAACUUACACAAAACAGGAAUCAUAUCUACAGAAAACCCAUGCACGUUAUAAUCAGAAGGGGGCACAGAAAGCCACCCGACAUAUUUGUAAGGCAAUUUAAAAGGCGUCCUCAUCUCUACCGGUCUUCCUUCUGUCAACAACCCUGCAGAGUGCGCACGGACGGCAUUAGAGCCCCGGUUUUCCGCCCCAGGAAUGACUGACCUCUCAGCCAGGACUCUAGUCUCCGCCUCCCGGAUACAGGUCCAGGGCUCCUUCCCGGCCACCACGCCACAACCGUCACUGGCGUGGAGGGACUCGGUUUCUCUUCUUUGCCUGCAUCACAUUUCCAAACCGAGCCCGGAGACGCGGGCGACCAGAAGGCGGCAGGUGCCCCGCGGCGGCCGAUGAGUGCAGAGCUGCAGGCCCCAGGGUCCGACUGGGCCCAGCGACUAUAGAGUCCGGAAGUGCGGGCAGAGCGGCUCUCGGAGCGCCGCGCAGUGCGGCCCCGCACCAGCCAGGGCCGCACCCCGGCGGGCUGGCGGGAUGGCUGCAGCGCUGGCCCUGAGGGUGGUCGCGGGCUUGGCGGCGGCUGCGCUGGCGGCGAUGCUCUUGGAAUACUACGGCCUGGCCGAUCAGCCCUCCCCGCUGUCGCAGCCCGCGCCCCACCCGCGGCCGCACCCCGCGCCAGGCUCCGGAGCCAGCAACAUCUUCUGGGGCCUGCAGAUAUCCGACAUUCACCUGAGCAGGUUUCGAGAUCCAGGCAGAGCGGUAGACUUAGAGAAGUUCUGUUCUGAAACUAUUGACACCAUUCAACCAGCUCUCGUCCUAGCAACAGGAGACCUGACUGAUGCCAAAACAAAGGAGCAGUGGGGAUCCAGGCAGCAUGAGGUAGAAUGGCAAACUUACCAGAGUAUUCUGAAGAAGACCAGGGUCUUGGAAAAAACCAAGUGGCUGGAUAUCAAAGGAAAUCAUGAUGCAUACAAUAUUCCAAGUCUGGACAGCGUCAAGAAUUAUUACAGGAAAUAUUCUGUUGUACGUAAGGAUGGCUCUUUCCAUUAUCUCCACAGUACUCCUUUUGGCAACUAUUCUUUCAUCUGUGUGGAUGCCACCUUGAAUCCAGGGCCUAAGAGACCAUAUAAUUUCUUUGGAAUGUUAGAUAAGACGAGAAUGGAGGAACUCUUAUCACUGGCCAAGGAAAGUAGUCAAAGCAACCAUACAAUUUGGUUUGGACACUUUACAACAUCCACUAUGUUUUCUCCAUCACCAGGAAUCCGGUCAAUUAUGAGUUCGGCUACAGCUUAUUUGUGUGGGCACCUCCAUACACUUGGUGGACUGAUGCCUGUUUUGCACACUCGUCACUUCCAGGGCACUUUGGAACUUGAGGUGGGAGACUGGAAGGAUAAUAGAAGGUACCGGAUCUUUGCUUUUGAUCAUGACCUCUUUAGCUUUGCAGAUUUGAUCUUUGGCAAGUGGCCUGUAGUUCUUAUCACAAAUCCUAAAUCUCUCCGCUAUAGUUGUGCUAAACAUGAACCACUAGAAAGACUUUUUCACUCAACACAUAUCAGAGUCUUGGCCUUUUCCUUAUCCUCCAUUACUUCUGUCACAGUUAAGAUCAAUGGAGUUCAUUUAGGGCAGGCUAUUCAUUUGUCUGGUCCUAUUUUCAUACUGAAGUGGAACCCUAGAAACUACAGCAAUGGGACACAUAAUAUAGAAGUAAUUGUCCAGGAUUCUGCUGGAAGAAGUACAAGUGCUCACCACAUAUUUUCUGUUCAAGAGAAUAUUCAUCUCAGUUUUGAUCCCAUGGCAUCAUUUGUUCUCCUUACGGACCACUACAUUUGGAACCUUCAGGAUUUGUAAAUCUGACUUCAUUUUCUCUUCAUGUCUUGAGCAAAAUAAAAAUCUUCUACUAUUCUAUGUUGUUGCUGACCC